AUGAGUUUUCGAGCACGAGACCAACUAUGUCGCCAUUGAAAAAUGAGAUCGCUGGGGCAUUACAUGAUGUUUAUCACACCUUACUGGUCUCAGUAUCGUAUUGCAAUCAACCAAAGACAGGAAACCACAAGAGUGAAGAAAUUAACAGCCUACCAAGAUAGCCUGCAUACCAUUGUACAAUCUACUCACAAAUGCCUACGCCUGGCAAUAUGUUCUUGCUCAUCACCACCCAAUCGCAUCCCCAUCUGCCACGAGGACAGCAAAUCGCCAUCCAACCGAUCUGCCAAUGUGCGGAAUCUACAAGAGAUUGCCUGCGCUCCGCUCGAUCUCCUCGAUCACUCCCCUACCAUCCAUCUCGUUGUUUUCCGUGCAUGCUCGUGGAUGGAAAGCCUGUCGAAGUCGGUUGUGUAGGGAAGUUCUUGAGAUGUGUCGUCAUGCCUGUAGGCUAGUGAGCGGAUCGAUACGGUACGGUCCGGAUGUACGGAAGCGGGAGCUAGGCU